AGCUUGGUAAUCCUUCAGGAAUGUGUAGUUAAUCAUCGUAUUUGUUUGCUUGUUGAUGUUCGUGGAAGCUGACAUAACAAUGUUGCUAUAUCUGGGGCUAACUGGUGUGUUUGGCCGGCAGUUUUAUCAGGAAAAUCUGGAUACCGCACCUGUUGGAUAUUGUUUCGUAAACUUAUAGAGAAAAUAGUUUUAAAGUUUCUUGUCAAAACAUUGAAUGUAAUUGAGGCACCGCACCCAUAAAUCAGAGAUAUCAACACAACUUCUUUCAUCUAGUCUUUUCUCCAUCGUGUGUGGGUUUUCGCCCCUUAGUGCUAUCUGGAGGGAAAAAAGUGAACUUGUUUAAAUUCAGGGGAAAGUAACUCCAUCAUGAGUUCCAAGACAACUCCGCCAACAAACCACGUCAUCCUGUAUGUGAGAGCCGGCUGGGACGGCACCGGAUACGGCGCCUGCCCCUUCUGUCAACGGUUCUACAUGGUCCUGGAUCUGAAGGCCAAAGGUCAGGCCCUGACCUAUGACAUCAUUUCCGUUAACACGGCCAGGCCGCCUCCAGAGUUCAGAAAGUUCGCGAAUAGACUGCCGGUUUUGAAACAUGGGGAUGAGGUCAUCAUGGACACGGAGGAGAUCCAGCAGUACCUGGACGCCACCUUCCCCACCCCCGACCUCCGCUACACCAACAAGGACGCGCACACCGCCUGUCUGGACGUCUUCUCCAAGUUCAGCUUCUUCAUCAAAAACGUCUCGCACACCUCCGACCACCUGGUCAAGGAGCUCUCCUACCUGGACAGCUUCCUUGACCGCUCCAGCAACAGGUUCAUCUGCGGGGACGAGCUGACCAACCUGGACUGUAACGUUCUUCCCAAGCUGCAGCACAUUCGUGUGGCCUCCAAGGCUUUCAAAGACUUUGAAAUCCCAGCGGGGAUGACGUCGCUUUGGGGUUACCUUGGCAACGCGUACAAGAACGACACGUUCAAGAAGACGUGUCCGUCGGACCAGGAGAUCGUGCACCACUGGAGCGAGAAGAAGGAGACGACGCCGCUGCCUGAGUCUAAGCAGAAGCUGUACAUGGUUGAAUCCACCCCCAGGUUUAGCUUAGAGGUUCCAGCGCAUAUCAAUGGGCAUUAAUACUUUACAUUUUUUUUAAAAACAAGAGCAUUGGUAUUAUAUUUAAUUGAUCAUGAAAUAUGAUUUUUGUGUAAUGUAUUUCUUAUAAAUAUAUAGGGCCUGAGUCUUAAAAUUGUAUCUUUUAGUGUGUGAUGUUUACAGACUGCAUAUACUUUAUAGUAGAGUGGCUUGCGUUGAACUGAUGAUUGUUAUAUAUUUUACUCCAUACAAUCUGGUAGAUUAAUUUUUUAAAAUAUUUUUUUUAAAAUAAAUAAAUUAGUAGCUUUAAUUAAUUAAGUUAUUUGAUAAUUAUUUUAAUUAUAAAUAUUUGCUGCAGGACAGUUUCCAUAAAAAGAAAAAAAAAACGUUGAAAGUUUAUAAAAUAACAUUUUUAUUUUUAUAUUGAAAUGUUUUUAUGUUCAACAUAAAAUUACAACUUUGAAAAAAGAAUUAUCAAAAUAUAUUUACUUAUAUACAUAAAUAAUUGCAACUUUAUUGUGCUUCCAUUAGCUUAAGCAGAUAUUUUAAAAGAAUUUCCUUAAAUAAAAUAUAGGCCUAUUUUUCAUGUUGUUUUAUGACUUUUAUUAUAAGAUUGAAUAAUUCUUGCCAAAGAAAACUAGCAUUUAAAUUUUUUUUUAACUUGUAAAUCUAAAAUUGCUACUAUUUAUUUAUAUGCAAAUGUGCUUUUAACAGUUUAUAAAUUAGAUUAAAUUAAAAACAAACACAUAAAAAAUUAUGAUCAUGCAAUUUUUAGUAGUUGUAACUUUGAAUAUGAAUAAAAAGUGUUAACAAACAGUAAAAAAAUUAUUUAAUCAGUUUGUACUUUGUUAAAAUUCAUUCAUUUAUUUAAAUUAAAUGACUGCAGAUGCCAUUUGUAAUAGUUUUUGUAUUAAAUCUUAAAAGAUGAUUUCCAAAUUAAUGACCGUUUGUCAUAAUUACGAUCCUUUGAAAUUAAAAUCUUUAUGAAUGAUUAAUCAAGCUGUUUGAUUAGUUAAAUGUAACUCCUUAAAAUUGUGUACAUUGAAUUGCAUUUAAUAAUUAUUUAAUAUUUAUGUAUCAAAUACUCUCUAAAAGGCAAGUUUGUAUUUUUGACUGAUAUGAUGUAGCAAGGGACAUAACCACAACUCUCAUAAAACCAAGUUUUAGAAAGCUUUCUAUUUCCCUUCUUUUUAUUUUUAAAAUCAAAGUUUUAUUUUUUUAACACUAUAUUUAGUGAGAAAAAUUAUAAUUUUAAUUUUUCUAAGAUUUGUUAAACAUUUAUUAAACAAAUAUUUAACAUGUGAAUUAUUUUGUAUAUCUAGGUGACGACAUUCAUUGAAAUAAACCUUUGUUAUUGUAUUAUCUUUGGAAAAUAUAUUUUAAUUCAUCUUCUCUUAAGACAAUAAUAAA